AUGGGGACCUUUUCCCCCUUGGCUUGUUUUGGCUUUGAGGGCCAACGCGAAGAAAUUUUUGGCUUCGACUCCGAGGGAGAAGAUGGAUUAGAAGAGGGCCUUGGCUUUGCAGAGGACCACCUAGGGCCCCUAGGGGGGCCCCUCGAGGGGGGCCCCCCAGAGGGGGGCCCCACUGGGGGGGGCCCCCGUGUUGGGGGCCCCUUAAGACAAAUAUAUAUUUGGGUUGUUGAUGCUGAAAAGUCCCUUUUAUUUCAAGAAGCAAACCCUAAUGUAGAGGGGCCCCCGGGGGGCCCCCCUGAGUGCAGCAGCGAGGAGGAGAGCUCUUGCUUCUGGAGGGAGUUGAUGCGGGCUGCUGCAUCUUUCGUCCGCUCGCACUUGUGCAGCAGCGACUCGGUGUGGUUCGGCCUGGUGCUAUUCAACGCCUGCAGCAGCAGCAGCAGCAGCAGCAGCAGCAGCAGCAGCAGCGCGGGGCCGCUGCUGACCCCCGGCGUGUGUGUGGCAGUGGGCCUUCAAGAAAUAAAUAUUAAAACAAUUCAGCAGCUCAGAAAGUUGGCGGAUUUAAAACCCUCGGAGUUCGCGGAAGUGUUUGCGCAGCCCCCAGAAAGGCCUGCCUUUUCAGACUUGUGGUGGUCUUUGAGCUCUCUGCUGUCAAGCACUCAGCAGCAAAAGAAGCGGCAGCAGCAGCAGCAGCGGGUUUACCUCUUCACAGGCUACCCAGACCCCUGCAGCAGCAGCAGCAGCAACAGCAGCAGCAGCAGCAGCAGCAAAGAGGAAGCGGAGCUAGAGAGAAGUGCAUGCAUUCAGCGAGUUCUUGAUUUAAAGUCGCAGAAGACAGAGUUGCUUCUGUUUCCUCUGGAGCACGAAGAGGGCAGUUUCGACAUGUCUCUCUUUUGGUCCGAUGCCUUGGGAAGCGACGCAAGUGAAGACGCUUGCUAUUUGCUGCUUUCAAACGUGCAGCCCAGCAUUGAGUAA